UACUCUGAAAUACAUCACCUGAGGGUACAGUCCGUGGGUGUCUCAGUGCUCAAAGUUUUAGUUGUAAUAAAAUUUAGACUUUUUGCACUGACAAUUGAGAGGAAUUGAAGGGAGCGGCAAACUGGACCACGCCUUCAAACGACAGGGGAACGUUUCUCAACUCAGGACAGAAACAGAUACCAGAGAGUAUUUCUUGAAUUCUUUGUACAGAUCAGUGAGGGGCAGUACUGUCGAUGGCGUCUCGAGGCAAGCAGGAGACGGGUAAACUCCGACAGAAUUUGGAGGAGCAGUUGGACCGACUCGUGCAACAGCUGAGUGACUUAGAGGAGUGCAAGGCUGAUCUGGAGCCAGAGGAGUAUGAAGAGACCAAGAGUGAGACGGUGGAACAGCUGAAGGAAUUCCAGGAAAACCUCAACAGGAUGCUGGAGGGGAACCUCAGUCUGGUGGACGAACUCAAUGCCAUGCAGCUGGCUAUACAAGCUGCCAUCAGUGACGCCUUCAAGACACCAGAAGUCAUUCGUCUCUUUGCUAAGAAACAGCCUGGGCAGUUGAGGACAAGACUGGCUGAUAUCUCCCGAGAUGAGAAGAUCGGCAAGCUGCCCAAGGAACUGGCCAUCCAGCAGUCUGUGGAAAUCCUGACGGCCCUGAAAAAACUCGGGGAGCAGCUGACGGCGCCGGAGACAGCCUAUCUGGAGCAGCAUUCGUCCGGCAGUCUGCGACAGUUUGAGAAAGUCUCUGCCGAUCUCGGUUCUGGGGAGAAGGUUUUGGCAGUUGCUGGCUCUCAAGUGGAACAGGCCAACAAGUAACGACAGUCUUGGAGGCCUCUCUGACUCUCUACGUGCCUGGAGUCUCCUUCUCCUAACGGAGUGGCUGUCUGGUACAACGGUCGGUCUUUUCGUCAAGCGAUUCAACAGGGCUUUCAGUCGAGUGUGUCAUUAUUGUCUGCUUUUGGUCUUAGAACUCAGUUCAGGUAGACGCUUGGGAUUUUGUCUGGUAAGAUUUAUUGCAGUAAUAAAGUGUGUGAACGAUUUAUUUUACGAUCUCAUGUCAUGGAUAUAAUGUAUCAGGAUGUUCAGAGUCAAAGGUUUCACCAGUUGACAAUAGUGUAAGCGAGAAGGAACCUUUUUUGACUUCUGAUUUUGGUGCUCAAGCACACACCCUUGUGAUUCAAUGUGAUGAACUGUGCUCCGAACUGAACCAAAAUUUAUAUAUUUUUUCUAGUUUGCUGCUUUGGAAUUGGAACUAGCGGUAGGUAGGGGCCUACAUCAACAAAUGUUGUUCCUUAUGAAUUGCAUCACAUUUUUGGUUUUCAUUGAGACAAGUUGGACUUUUUAGAGCAAGUCGUUUCCUGUUUACACAGUGCAGAAGGGUGCACAUUUCUUGUCAUCAUCAAUGUGAUCAGGGUUUGUUUGUCUUCUGAGAGCUUACCAUGGAGAAUGCCUCACUUUUUACAUGCUUGCUGUAAUUCGAACUUUAUAUACCAGAAUUGUAUGCACAGUUGUUUGAAUUUGAUAUUGUGUAGUUGUUAAUUAUGCAGUGCUGAAUUUAUAUGAAGGCAAGUGGUUUUCUUUAUGAAACAUGAAAUAAUCAACGCUAUACCACACAGAGUAGAUUGGGUUGGGAGUUGGGUUUUUUUUCCCCGUUUCUGGCACACAGCUCGUAAAUUCAAAGAAGUUUCUGCUGUUGCCAGUAUUUCUGUUAGACUUUUUAACCAUUUGUUGUUAACUUUAUGCAUAAUACUCUAAGUACCUGUCCUGAAUCCUGAAGUUUUUCAUCUGAUUUUCAUAAUGUGGAGCUGUUGUGCAUGGCCUAGUCAGUGACCCAAGAACUCCGGAGGGUUUUCUCCUUUGGGUUGCACUGGCGACAGAGCUUUUAGUUUUAUGUUUGCCAUCAGCUGAGGUUCAGGAAAUAAUUGUUGCGUCUUCAGAGCAGAUACCUUGGAAGGUGAACAAAAUAAUACACAAAGCACACGCUUUGACAGGAAAGUUAUAUUCUCUGGAACUGUGAGGUUUUCGAAUUUUCAAAUUUUUUUUCUUUUUUUUAAAACUUAGAUAUUUGUAUCCUCAGGGACAGAGACAGAAAUGUUUUGAGUAUUUGGACUUAAUCUGUCCACAUCGUUUUACGCAAGAAAAAUUAUGAAAUUAUUCGAACUGAGCCCAAAAAUGUGAAAUUAUGCAAUUCUGUUAAUUUUAAUUUUAACAAAGAAUGAUAAAGGAAAAUAAUAAGAAAUUUUGCAAAAAA